CUCAUUGGCUCAUUCUUUCUCUAUCCAUUUUUUCUCAGCCUAUCUCUUUGCUUAGGGUUUUCCGGCUUGCCUUUGGUGAGGUUGCAAACGCACAGACGGCAGGAUGUCCAUUGUAAGCAUCUUUGCCAGGGAGAUCCUGGACUCUCGGGGAAACCCCACAGUUGAGGUGGACCUGAGGACUGAAAAAGGAUUGUUCAGGGCUGCUGUGCCUAGUGGAGCAUCUACUGGCAUUUAUGAAGCUCUAGAACUCAGAGAUGGAGACAAGAAUCGCUUCAAGGGCAAAGGUGUACUGAAAGCUGUUGGCCACAUCAAUGACACUCUCGGACCUGCUCUCAUUGAAUCUGGGAUCAGUGUGGCGGAACAGGAGAAACUGGACAGCAUGAUGAUUGAGAUGGAUGGGACGGAGAAUAAAUCUCAAUUUGGUGCCAAUGCAAUUUUGGGGGUGUCCCUGGCUAUUUGUAAAGCUGGAGCAGCAGAAAAAGAAACUCCUUUGUAUCGCCAUAUUGCCGACCUGGCUGGAAACACAGAACUAGUGCUGCCAGUUCCUGCCUUUAAUGUGAUAAAUGGUGGAUCCCAUGCUGGAAAUAAGCUGGCCAUGCAGGAGUUUAUGGUGCUUCCUGUUGGAGCAGAGUCAUUUCGUGAUGCUCUGCGCAUUGGGGCUGAGCUCUAUCAGACUCUGAGGGGCGUGAUCAAGGAGAAGUACGGACAAGAUGCCACUAAUGUGGGUGAUGAAGGUGGUUUUGCUCCAAAUAUCCUAGAGAACAGUGAAGCUCUUGAAUUGAUUAAAACCGCCAUAGACAAGGCAGGUUUCACAGACAAGGUUGUGAUAGGGAUGGAUGUAGCUGCCUCAGAGUUCUACCGUGAUGGGAAGUAUGACCUUGACUUUAAAUCACCUCCAGAUCCUGAAAGAAACAUCACUAGUGAGAAGCUCCUAGAGAUCUAUCAGAGUUUUGUCAAUGACUUUCCAGUGGUAUCUAUUGAGGACCCCUUUGAUCAGGAUGACUGGGCAGCAUGGACUCGGAUGACUGGUUCAGUGGGGAUCCAGAUUGUGGGCGACGACUUAACGGUGACAAACCCAAAGAGGAUAGAGAAAGCAGCAGAGGAACGUGCUUGCAACUGCUUGCUACUGAAGGUCAACCAAAUCGGCACAGUCACAGAAGCCAUCCAUGCGUGUAAGCUGGCCCAGGCCAAUGGCUGGGGUGUGAUGGUCAGCCAUCGCUCUGGAGAGACAGAGGACACAUUCAUUGCAGAUCUGGUUGUUGGGCUCUGCACUGGACAGAUCAAGACUGGAGCUCCUUGUAGAUCUGAACGUCUGGCCAAAUACAAUCAGUUGAUGAGGAUUGAGGAAGAAUUGGGUGAUCAAGCUCGAUUUGCUGGCCACAACUUCAGAAAUCCCAGCGCUCUGUAAGAUGUUCUGUGGCUCUAAUCUCCACACAUCAACCACCACCAGACAAUAUGCACUGACUAAGACAGACAGAGUACAGACAGAACAACAGACAGACGAGACAUCACACACUGUAAGAACACACAAGGAUAAUUUUGCACUUGAACACCUACUGACAACAAAAAUCUUAUCUCACAGAAGCCCAUGCACUGAACCAAGGGGACGACAUGCACUUCAUUUGAACUGACCACAAACAACUGAGCUAAUAAUAUGCAUGUCUGAAUGGCAGAACAAUACAGACAAGUUUACACACAAGACAGGGGGACAGACACUGACAAAAAUUACUAGAGACGAUUUACUGCGAUGGAGUAAAAGGGAACUCUGUAAUAUUAAGUAUAGAGUAAAAUAUUUUAAUUUAUCUUGUUGCAACAGUUUAAUGGUAUUUAAUGAUCUUGUUUCUAAUAACAUAAAUAUUUACCUUGGGUAUUGCUGAAUGACCUUGUCUGAAGUGCAGUAAACUUAAUAAAUAUAAAGAUGGACAGAAGCUGUAGGUGCAUGAAGAGAAAGAAAAAAAAGAGACGAGCAAGAAAGAGACAAGCAUGAAAUAAAAAAACAAUUCAGACUGCACUCUCCUGUCAAAGAGGUGGGCCGAUGGGCAUAAAUACACAAAUAAACACACACACACACACACACACACACACACACACACACACACACACACACACACACACACACACACACAUAAUCUCUCUCUCACCCACUGCACACACACUCACACAGAUACACACACACGCUCACAUUUGUGGUGGUCUCUCAGCCUCUCACUCUAACACUUUACUCUUCAUCUCUUUCUGUGCUGUUCCCUUUAUCAUCCUUCUCCUGCAUUCCCUAAUCCUUUACUUUGUCAAUGUUUCAUUGUCACCCCAGUGUCCUUUCCUUCCACCUUUGCUAUUAUUGCAGACUUUGUCCACUAUGCUUGAAUUUCUUCUCUGUUUCUUGAUGUGAAAUCACUGUGGUCAAAGUAAAGAAGAAAAAGAGGGAAUAAAUAACAUGCUUGCCAUUAAAUACUGUUAUGGAUUAAAAAUUAUAAUUUA